GCAGGACUCUGUCGUCUGCCGUCCGCGUGGCAUCGGUGCCCACAGCUCGGCAUAGCUUUGGCACAGCAGUGACUGGGCGCGGCUGCCAGUUGCCCAUGGUCCUGGGCCACAGACUCACGCACACCAAGAGGGUUUACUGAACUUCCGUCCUCACCGCCGGGACUCACAGGCAGCUGACGUCACCCCCCUCCUCUACACCCAGCAUAAUGACUGCAGCGGGGGUCCCACACUGCAGCCAGGUGUGUGCGCUGAUGACCCUGCUCGGAGUUCUGUCGACAGCCACUGUUGUCACGGUGCCUGAGAACUACGACGGACACUUCCCCUGGUUCCUGGCAAAGGUGGAGACCAACACCAGUGGAGACUUCAGACUGAGACUGGAGGACGAUUACAACGGGACUUUCGGGAUCGAAGGGCAGACGUUCCUGUUCUCCCGCUCCUCCUUUGAUCGGGAAGAGAGGGGCAGCUACGAGUUGCAGGUUGCUGUGGUGAAUGAUGAGGGUGCACAGCUGGACCAGCCCGUGUCGAUCACCAUUAACAUCACCGACAGGAAUGACAAUGCUCCCCAGUUUGAACAGGACACGUUUCUAGCCCGCGUCUACAUGGGAGCGCCUGCAGGGUACAGAAUCCUGAAGGUAGUCGCAAGUGACCGGGACGAUGCCGAGACACCGAACGCUGAUCUCCGCUACCAGAUCAUCAGCCAGCAGCCAGAACUGCCCUCAGACAACAUGUUCCAGGUCAACCCGCAGACUGGCCACCUCACCCUCACCACAGAAGGUGCUGCCACACUGGAUGCGGACAUAGCUGACCAUUACCAGCUGGCCAUACAGGUGAAGGACAUGGGCAACCUGAGCCAAGGCCACUACGCACAGGCCCACAUCCUUAUCAACGUGACACAAAACACCUGGGUCCCCCUCAGCCCCGUGUCUGUGCGCGAGAACCACGAGGGUCCCUAUCCACUGCCUCUCUCAAAGGUCCGCUGGAACGGGGAGCGGGUCCGCUACCAGCUGGAGUCGCAGCCCCCCGCCCCCCACGGGCUCUUCACCAUCAGCGAGCGAGGAAGCAUCAGCCUGAACCAGCCCCUGGACCACGAGGAACAGCCGGAGUACCGGCUGUCGGUCUCGGCGCUGGACUAUGCGGGGGACCUGUACGCCGAGCCGCUGGAGCUACAGGUGAUGGUGAUGGAUGAGAACGACAACGCACCCGUCUGUUCCCCAGAGAUUCACCUCGCCUUCGUAACGGAGCACAGGAGGAAAGGCGCCUGCAUAGUUCAGCUGAGGGGAGAAGAUGAGGAUGACCCUUCGACUGAGAACGGACAGUUCACUUUCCGACAGCUCGGGCAGGAGCCUGAGGAUCCGGAGCCCCUGUUCACAAUGGACGGUGACGGGAAGGUCACCCUCGCCAGAGACAUGACAGACUACAGCUCACUCACCUACCGCCUCCUGGUGGAGGUAGCCGACCUUGCCGGAGCAGAGGGAGGCCUGUCGAGUACGUGCACUGUCAUAGUGGAUGUGGAUGAGGUGAACGACCAUGCCCCUGAGUUCUCCCAGCGACAGUACGGACCGUUCAACGUACCAGAGGACACUGGCAUUGGUCACGUCAUCACCAACCUCAGUGCCAGCGAUGCUGACUUCAACACGUCUGAUGCCUGGCUCAUUACGUACGCACUCGAAUCCGGGAAUGAAGGCCAGCGGUUCGGAAUAGUCCAGGGCGGACAGAGCAACAUUGGGAAGCUGAUACUGCGCAAGCGCCUAGACUUUGAUGCGGUGAGUGAGUACUGCCUGGUGGUGAGUGCCAGGAACAUGGAGGAGCUGGAGGAUGGGGAAUACGGAGCCAGCUCCACCACCACCCUCUCUGUCCACUUGCAGAAUGUGAACGAGAGGCCGGAGUUUCCGCGGGCAGCGUACGAGGUCAACGUGUCCCGCGAGGUGCCGCCCGGCACCGUCUUACUGACCCUGCAGGCUCGGGACCCCGAUUCUGUGGCAACCCCCAUACGGUACCGUCUGAACAACGAGUCUGGGAACUGGCUGUCGGUGGGAGCAACAUCUGGGGAGGUGACCGUUCAGGGCCGGCCCCCUGCUGCCCGCAGCUACCGUCUGCAGGUCUGGGCAGAGGAUGGAGAUGACCCGAGCCUGUUUGUCACCACAUACCUGGUGGUCCACGUCGCUGAACUCCGAGUGGCUCCUCCUGGCCCAUUGCUGGUCUAUUCUGGAACUUUCCUGUGCACCCCACGGAGAGAAGAGCAGUCAAUCUCCGUCACCGUGUCUCACGGGGCCAGGAUGGCCACUCUCUCCCUCGAUGGCCAUCCCAUGGAGCAACGGAAGUGGAAGCUCGAUCAAAGGAAUGAUACGCUGGCGUUCCUGUCCAUCGGGCUGAGCUGGGUGGAUCCAGGUUUGCACCAGGUCACGUUAGUCCUCAGAGAGGAAGGAGAUGCGACGGUGAUACUCAGAGACACUCUCCCAGUGAAUAUUUGUACCUGCAGUUCGCACGGCAAGUGCAGGAUUGAAAUAGAGCCAAUUCAAGGCAAACCGACUGUCUUAACAACUGUCAGCACCAUUGUUGGCACCCUGGCUGUGAUUGGAUUUACCCUCAUCCUCGUUCUCGUGCAUCUCUCUGUUACCAGGAAACAGCGCAAGAAAAGCAAUAGAGAUGUCAGUGUGGAAGCAGCCCCUUUACGCCCCUCAGCAUAGAGGCCCAGACCAGCGAACACCAGGCUUGGUGUGAACAUCCCACUCCUAGUGUGGAAUGCAGCCCAGCUCUGAUCAUUUCAUUUACUUGCUGAUCUUGGAGAUUAUGGAAAUGUGUAUCUUAAAAAAAAAAAAAAAAAAUAGCUUGGAAAUUCAUAGAGACUUCUAAAUCACAAUCAUAACUCAACCUGCUUUGCAACUUUGAACAGAUUAAGAAUGGAUAGAAGCAAUGGAAUGGGCACACACUGACCUUUCUGUCCUGAGCCCCCUCUAUUGCCAGAGUAAUGCUCGACAGAAACUACAAGAACAGCACCUAAUAUUCUGGUUGCAACCCGACAGCGUGAACAUUGACCUCUCCAAUUUCAAGUAACAUAUCCCUUCCCCUCCCCUGCCUUUCCUGUCACCCCCACCCUCGUGCGUACACAUUUCUCCCACCAUCCACGCUCCCUGCUCCUUUCCCCUCCUCCGUAAGCUCAUCUCCCAUCCCCGGGCCCACCUUUUCCUUUAUCCCCUCUUUCCCCUCCCCCGUCCCCUCAUCCACAUCCCUCCAUAGAGUUUUACAUUUCACUUUUUCUCUCCUCUCUUUAUCUGACACCCAUUUAUCUCCUUUACACCUCCAGCCUUACUCCACCCAUUUGCCGAUCACACACCCCCCUCGUCUGUAUCCACCUAUCACUUGCCAGGCUUGUCCUGGACACACUUCUCUUUUCCAGCUUUCUCCCCCCCACUCCAUCAGUCUGAAGAAGGGUCACAGAUGCUGCCUGACCCGCUGAGUCCCUGUAGCAUUUUGUGAUUUGCUCCAUAUUCCAGCACCUGCAGUUCCAUGUGUCUCCUUUGAAAUGGGCGGCACCAUGACUGGACCCUUCUUCUCUCCUCCCCCGUCUCCCAACCUCAAUAUCCUGGGAAGCCAACAGGCAUUUGCUGAUGUUCACCAAGUUGGCAUACUAGUUGCAUUUACUGCCCAUAUCCCUCUCAACCCUUCCUAUUCAUAUAUCUGUCCAAAAGGUCGUAAGUGUUUCUGCCUCUAUAGCUUCCUCUGGCAGCUCGUUCCAGAUACAGACUGUCUGCCCCUGAGGUCCCUCAAAUCUCUUCCCUCUCACCUUAAGCCUGUGCCCUCUAGUUUUAGAAUCCUCUACGCUGGGAAAAAGACUGUGAGCUUUCGCUUUAUCCAUACCCCUCAUGAUCUUGUACACCUCAAUAAGGUCACUCCUCAGCCUCCUACGCUCCAAAGAAAAAUGUCCCAGCCUCUCCAACCUCUCGCUGUAACAUACCUACAAGCCCAGGUAACUUCCUUCUGAAUCUUUUCUGCACCCUUUCCAAUUUAUAUCUAGAUGUUAUGUAAUGUGAUAUAUAUGAGGUUAUAUGUUUUGUGUGAAGUUCAUGGGUGAUGGAUUAUGAGUGAGAUUAUUCUGAAUGUAGUAGUGGGUGCUAUAUCGGUGGUGAUUGGGGUGAUAGAGUCACGUAUAUAAAAUGACUGGGGCACUUUGUGCUAAACAUGAUCAAAUAAAUGUCUUUAAAUUUA